AAGUUCUCUCUGCCCAUGGCACUCCCCCCACUAUUUCCGCUGGGGAGCCGGAAGUCCCGCCCCGCUGCCGGAAGCGCAGCGGCAGUACUUCCUCAGAGUCUCUCUGGACGCGGUGUAGACUGGUUUCCGGCCCCCGGUGGGCGCGGACUUGGCUCAGUGCGCGCUCCGGAGCUGUGUCCCGGGAGCGGGGUCCUGCGGGCCGCUUGCGCGGGGAUCUGGGACUGCGGCCGCGCGAGGAGAGCGCCGAUCCCGGUGCCAGCCAGUUGCAAGGCCAUGAACGGCACGGCGAACCCGCUGCUGGAUCGCGAGGAGCACUGCCUGCGGCUGGGGGAGAGCUUCGAGAAACGACCGCGGGCCUCCUUCCACACUAUUCGCUAUGAUUUUAAGCCAGCAUCGAUAGACACUUCCUGUGAAGGAGAGCUCCAGGUGGGCAAAGGAGAUGAAGUCACAAUCACACUGCCACACAUUCCUGGGUCCACACCACCAAUGACCGUGUUCAAAGGGAACAAACGGCCUUAUCAGAAAGAUUGUGUGCUCAUUAUCAAUCAUGACACCGGAGAGUAUGUGCUGGAGAAGCUCAGCAGCAGCAUUCAGGUCAAGAAGACGAGAGCCGAGGGGAGCAGUAAAAUCCAAGCCCGAAUGGAACAACAGCCUGCUCGUCCCCCACAGCCAUCACAGCCACCACCUCCUCCACCACCCAUACCAUUCCGAGCCCCAACGAAGCCUCCAGCUGGACCCAAAACGUCUCCCUUAAAGGAUACGCCCUCACCUGAACCCCAGCUGGAUGACAUCAAAAGAGAGCUGCGGGCUGAGGUCGACAUCAUCGAGCAGAUGAGCAGCAGCAGUGGGAGCAGUUCCUCUGACUCUGAGAGCUCCUCUGGGAGUGAUGACGACAGCUCCAGCAGCGGAGGAGAGGACAACGGCCCAGCCUCUCCUCCCCAGCCUUCACACCAGCAGUCCUACAACAGCAGGCCCACAGUGGCCAAUGGGACCAGCCGGCCCCAAGGAAGCUCUCAGCUGAUGAAUACGCUCAGAAAUGACUUGCAGUUAAGUGAGUCUGGCAGUGACAGUGAUGACUAGCUCCAGGCUUUUGAAAUCUGCUUCCGGUACGUGGACAUGCUGCAAGACCCAGCGACUUCUGCCAGGAUUCCACGCCACAGGAGGAUGUUGCACAGCAGGGCCUGUAGGAGCAGUUAAGGCCUGGGAGCAUGCAGACACUCAGUUUUUGACUUGGUGGUGGUGGGUGAUUUUCUCACGUAAUUCUUGAACAAUCUCUUGUUUCAGAGUUUAAGUAGAUCUAUAGGAGAACGAAUGGAAUUCUGUUUCCACGUGGUUAACAUUAUUAAUGAAAAACAGAUCCUGAUCUCGGGCCCUCAAGGCCCCUGUCCUCACCAGGCCAGUGAUUCAGCAGCCAUCAGUUUGGCCAGGCAGUCUGUACCAGUAAAAUAAAAGUCUUUGAGGGUUAUGGAAAGAAAGGAGAUCCUCAAACUGUGUCAUAGAAAUAUGUUAAGACCACUUUCCAUCUUUGACAUGAAGUGGUAAGGAAGUUUUGUGUGACCCAGUUUGACAAGACCAUAGAAGUAGACCUUGGCAGAGUCUUUGGGUCAAUUAGUGUGUGUGUGGGUAUGUGUGGGUAUGUGGUUGUGGGUGUGUGUGCUGGAAAUCCAGUUGCUCGACCCAGCGCAGCUAGGAAAGGAAAGCACACUGCAGGGAAUGUCCAGUCACCUGUCUCAGGUGUACGCUUGCUCGCUAUUUCUUUGAAUUACACUUGCUGGCGUCAGACUUUUCUGCACAGACGUUUCUGUCAGAUUCCAAAAGACAAAAGCAUUGCUGCCAUUCAGCUCGGAUUCAGACUCAGGCAAUUCCCGUGUAUGUGAGGCGGAGUGAGCAGCAGCUGCCACGCUGACGCACAUCCUCAGCUCAUCUGAGACUUCUGGGUUCACAUGGAUCCAUCCUCAGGUAUUCUUAAUCCCGUGGCUGUUAGCGGAGGAUAGGAAUCAAGGAGGGGUGUAGUGGGGAACCCUCUGAGCAGAUUGGCCAGCUGCAAGCCUCCAGAGUCCAGAUAGGAGUUCUGCAGUAUGAAAUACUCUUCAUGAGCUCUCUAUGCUUUUGUGCCUGACUCCCAGACCAAUUGGUAUUUUCAUAGAAGAGAAUCACAAGAUUGCCUUUUGCAGUGUGCCAUUUCCAAAUAACUGUUCUUGCUGGAAACUGGUCACGAGUCAAUGUUCCACACUGAGGAAGUGUGUGGUGACUUGUACGUUGCCACCCAUCUCACAGUAGAUGUAGUUAGAAUGAAUAUAUCCUAGGAAAUUCCUGUCUUUCAGAUAAUACUAAUGCUCUUUUUCCCUUGGGUUUUCCUCCACUCACAUAAGCCUUUCUCCUGAGCUAGUGGAGGGAGGUGUUCUGGACCUAGAAAGGAAAUGAAUGGUCCAUGGUGGGACUUAGGUUAGACUCAUACCAUAUAGGUAGGAUCCUAACUGUUUGAUCCGCAGAUUGCAGUGGGAUAGAAGCCAUUGCCUAGCAGCACAUGUACACCAUUUUGCCCAAGUACCUCGUGCUGGGGUCUCAGCCUCUGGGGCGAUGCUCGGUGAAUCUCCAUGGCAGGUGGGAACCUUCUUAUAGCAAGCUGAUAAUUUCUUUAUAAUUCUUUGGUAAUGGCAGCUCAGGGAAGGUGCAGGUUAUGAUUGGGUGGCUUGAAUUGUCCCUGGAUCUGGGAAUUGAAUUGUCUUACUGUUCUUUGCCUGCUUACACUGGGGCAGGUUCCAGGAACUUGAACUAAAAAUGCAAUGUAGAUCUCACCCUUGCUCUGCCCUUCUCCAAAGCCUUGGUUUCUGUAGACAGAACUGUGUGUGGGCAUGCUGGCCAGUGACUGUUUCUAUAGGAAGUGCCUGCAUGUGGCACUGGGCUUGGUCAGUCAGACUCUCUGUCACCCGGCCUACCCAGCACCACAUGCUUUUGUUGGCUCCAGUUUGUGCUCUCUGCACAGUCCUUCAGUGCUUCCAUCUUCUUUCCCUUCCUUAGUAAAAAGCAAAACAAAAACAAACAAACAAAAAAACCAACAAAAACCAUUUUUGAAAAUCCAGACUCUUGCCUCUUACAUUGAUGAUGACAAUGAUGACUUCUCGGGUAUCCUUGUGCCAACUGAGUGACUUCCUUCCUGUCUCUGUGCCUUUGCUGUUCCCUCUUCUUCACCCACUCAACCUUCUCCAGACUCCUCAGGUACCAUCUUCACCAACUCUAGGUCUUCCCACCUAUGGGGUAUGUCCUAAUGUGCAUACAAAUUGCCUUUCUCCUACCUGGUCUCUGGUUGGUAUGAGUACCUCAAAAGUACAGAAGUAGACAUGCAUGUGCUCCUAGCUUAGAGGACAGGAGGCUGAGAGAACUAACUAGUUAAGGAUUGAGAAUAAACAUAGGGGAAACAUUCCAGUGUAGCUUUAUACCCGGAAAUAAUUAUACAGAAGCUGUAUUCUUUUAAACACUGCUUGGCCCAUUAGCCUCUUACUGGCUAAGUCUCACAUCUUUAUUAACCCAUUUCUAUUAAUGAGUGUAGCACCACGAGGUGGUGACUUACCAGAGGGGAUCUUAACCUGCAUCCAUCUUGGAGAGGAGAGUUAUAGCGUCUCCUUCUUCCCUUCUUCCCAGCAUUCUGUUCUGUCUACUCCGCCUACCUAAUUUUCUGUCCUAUCAAAGGCCAAGCAGUUUCUUUAUUAAUUAACCAAUGAAAGCAACAGACAAAUGACGCUUCUCCAUCAUUUCCCCUUUUUCUGUUUAAACAAAAAAGAAAGGCUUUUACUUUAACAUAGUAAAAUUACAUAUAACAAAACAGUUAUCAAACAAGAAUUACAGUUACAAUAUUUAUAUCUAUUUUAUCUUGUAUCAUAACUAAGGAAAACUAUAACUAUCCAUUCUUCAACUCCAUCAAAGACUCCAGAAGGAUAAAGGAUAUAAUAUUACCUAAGUAAACAAGAAAUAAGCAACUUUCAAAAAUCUAGAAAUGACAGAGACAUCUUGCUGCCUGGACAAUUACCCAAAGUUCCUCUGUACCAUUGGGGCAUCCAUCUUCGGCCUAUAGGCCCAUAGUAUCCAGCAGACAUUUCCAUGAAGCAGGAAAUUUCAAAGGCAGUUCAGUCAUUAUCUGCUGUGUCCUGUAGAAUGUUUCGUGAAUUCUUUUAGGAAGCAGGAACCCCGCAAGACCAUCUCACCUUUAGGCAAGUUCAGCAGUCCUCUCUCUGAGGGUUCUCUGUGUCCAGUUUAUGCAUCAGUCCAGGCAAGAGCAGUUUCAUGCCCAAAUGGCUAACCAACUCCAUAAGGAUCCUCUUCGAAGCCCAUCUUCCUCUCGAAGUAGAUUGGUGCUGCCAGGAGCAGACAUGUCUCAUUGUCAUGAAAAGCCCUAAGUUAUUAAAACAUUAAAUGCCAUAUUCUACAGUCUUUGAAUGACAUGAAGAAUGUCUACAUGACUACAUGCUUGACUAUUAUCGAUGAUUAUUCAUUAACAACCUAUAUUUCCUGAUUAUACAUUACAUUUUUAAAUGAACUACACAAUCACAAUACCUUAAUAAAGAUCAGAAAUACAUAUACAUAUAACAAAAUUGACCUUAAUACCAAUAAAGCAAAAUUUAUACCAAUGUAGAUUAUUCAUAUCUAUAUCAUAUCCCCUUUUAAAUGUAAAAGAACAUUUAUAAACAAUAUUUGGGAACAUGGGCGCAGUUUUUUCUCUCCUGCUGUAUGGGGGCGCUGUUAAUCAGGUCUUUCAUGGUGUAACCUGUGUGCCAGGUUCAUCUCAGUCGGCAGUUGAGUGAAGUAAUUUUUUGAGGGUAUUCACAGCAACCUUUCAGGAGGACGUGGUCUAUCAUAUCAAAUUGGGAUAGAAGCAGUCCACAGGGUCUCAUCCUCUGUGAAAACAAAAAAAGACCCUCUCCAAAGCAUCAUAUCCUUCGGUCCAAAUUCUGAAGUCAUACCCUUAUGAUAUCCAUUCUGGUCUAGCUUGGUAGCCCAUAUAAUGAAAUGUCUCCCUGUACUUAGCUCCUUUACAGUCAGAAAUUUUAAAGAAAACACAAUGUAUACAAUCCAGACUUUCUGUGAAUUUUCUAUUUUUAUGUGGCGUAUUUUUCUUUAUUUCUUUUAAUCUAUAGCUAUCUGUACUCUGUCUCUUUAAAGACUUUACCCUUUGUUUUUAUUCUUUCCAUCUUUUUUCUUCUCUCUCUCAAGCCUAUGUACACUCAUCCAACAUUGUGACCCAUUUAGUGGUCUUUUAUGUCUGAACCUGUCCUAUUGUGAAUCUGUAAUUUUUUACUAUCCAGGAGCACUUCUUAAAAUGUUAAGCACUUCUUAAAAACUUAAGUUGCGCCAUGUAGAGGUAAUACGGUACCACCUGUUUACUGCCAGUCUAAACCUUAAUUGCAUGGUUAUUAGGAUAAUUACAAUAGUUCCUGCCUGAGACCAGCACAGUUCAGCAUGGCGGAGCUGCUUGUGCCUCUGGGUCACUUGUGCCUCAGAGCUGCAGAGUGGAGGGCUGUUCUGGUUGUUGGCUCCACCUCUCUCCAAUUUCAAAAUGGAGGAUGUACCAUUUUCUACUAGCUCUGGGGCCACCAGGUAGGAGCCGCACUCAGCACUUUAACUCUGAGACUGAGCGUGCGGCACAGAAACUCUCUCUCUUCAUCCAAGUUGCAGCCAAAUCGGACACGCAGAGCACUGCAUAGUCUGAAAACAUCUCUCUGUAUGGCAGCAGGAAUCGGCCAUGCUCUCCAGCCUGCCUAAGUCUGAUUCCUCCAUCUGCCCAGGCAGCAAGAGCUGGGCCAAGGGCAUGGUCUCAGCUACUUUCCUCCCGAUCCUGAGCGGAACACAAACAUCCAGUCUCAUAAAAGCCAUUGAAAUGCUUUAUAGCCAGAGUUCGCGCUGGCAGCACAGCCCAGGAAGCUGCGUUUUAAACUUGCAGCAGCUUUUUUCCUGCUAUGGCUGCUGAGUCAGGGAAAUUUCUUGGCAGGAUGCCACCCACAAACAGCAAAAAGCUGUGUUAAAUUCUCUCUCCUUUUUAAGCCCUCUCAGGUUUUACGUGUCAUUAGUUACCACGUUGGAGCACCACUCUGUAGCUUUAUACCUGGAAAUAAUUACACGGAAACUGUAUUCUUUUAAACACUGCUUGGCCCAUUAGCUCUAGCCUCUUACUGGCUAACUCUCACAUCUUGAUUCGCCCAUUACUAUUAAUGAGUGUAGCAUCACGAGGUGGUGGCUUACCAGAAGGGAUCUUAACCUGCAUCCAUCUUGGAGAGGAGAGCUAUAGCGUCUGCCUCACUUCCCGUCUUCCCAGCAUUCUUCUGUUUUGUCUACUCUGCCUACCUAAUUUUCUGUCCUAUCAAAGGCCAAGCAGUUUCUUUAUUAAUUAACCAAUGAAAGCAACAGAUAGACAAAUGACCCUUCUCCAUCAUUCCAGGCAUUGAGACAGAGCUGAAACUACCCAUGCAAGUCCCUACUGAAUUUUUAAAUUACCUUUUAUUUGCUCUAUGCAAUGUUAGCCACCUGGGUGAUGUGGGAAAACUAGUUCUACAGAGAAGCCAUGGCAAUCCUUUGAAAAGUUUUGGGAAAAUGCAAUACAGAUAAACUAGAGAUUUGUAAUAAUGCCACUGGUUAAUUUAUUUCUGUAGCAGAAUAAUUUUAUCUAUGGGUGAUAUGUUGCAGUAAUAGGGAAACUUGAAAAUUCCAAAGUCCUUUCUUUUCUUUAUUGAUAGUAUUGUUUAGCUUGUGUGUGUGUGUGUGUGUGUGUGAUAUUUAUUACAUUAUUUUGAAAGAGAAUUUAAUCUGUUUUGUAGAUAUGUAUUAAGAAUAAUAAAGUGGAUCUUUCCACUUGGCAAGGAACAUAGACUUUCUAAGACUCAGGCCUUAACCAGUAGGAAGUGUUAGGAAGCGUGUUUUUGUUGCCUCUGUUAUUUUGGUCUUAGAUUCCUUGUCUCCUUUAUUAAUGAUAUUUAAAAUCUUGUGCCUAAAAAUUCAUUUGGCUUAAUUCUGAUGUAGACAUGCAUGUUUACAUUUAUAUUUGCUGUGUAGUCUCUCUCAAGAUAAAUAUAUUUCAAUAAAAAUGAAGGUCUGCAAUAUA